CGGCGGCGCUUCCGGCGGGCGCGGAGCGGGGCCCGCCAUGGGCAUCCUCGAGAAGAUCUCGGAGAUCGAGAAGGAGAUCGCCCGCACGCAGAAGAACAAAGCCACUGAGUACCACCUGGGCCUGCUGAAGGCAAAGCUUGCAAAAUACAGAGCUCAGCUUCUGGAACCUUCCAAAUCCCCGGCUGCCAAGGGCGAGGGCUUCGAUGUGAUGAAAUCAGGAGAUGCCCGGGUGGCACUGAUUGGAUUUCCUUCUGUGGGGAAGUCCACAUUUCUGAGUUUAAUGACCUCGACUGCCAGCGAAGCCGCGUCCUACGAGUUCACCACGCUGACCUGCAUCCCUGGGGUCAUAGAGUACAAAGGAGCCAAUAUUCAACUGCUGGAUCUGCCUGGAAUCAUCGAAGGAGCUGCUCAAGGGAAGGGCAGAGGCCGGCAGGUGAUCGCUGUGGCCAGGACAGCAGAUGUUGUUAUCAUGAUGCUGGAUGCCACCAAGGGCGAGGUGCAGAGGGCCUUGCUGGAGAAGGAACUGGAAUCUGUAGGAAUCCGGCUGAACAAGAGCAAACCAAAUAUCUACUUCAAGCCCAAGAAGGGUGGAGGCAUCUCCUUCAACUCCACUGUCACGUUGACUCAGUGCUCUGAGAAGCUGGUUCAGCUCAUCCUCCAUGAAUACAAAAUCUUCAAUGCUGAGGUCCUGUUCAGAGAGGAUUGUUCCCCUGAUGAGUUCAUUGAUGUGAUUGUAGGAAACAGGGUCUACAUGCCAUGCCUCUAUGUUUAUAACAAGAUUGACCAGAUAUCCAUGGAGGAGGUGGAUCGCCUCGCUCGGAGGCCCCACAGUGUUGUCAUCAGCUGUGGCAUGAAGCUGAACCUGGACUACUUGCUGGAGAAGCUCUGGGAGUACCUGGCACUCACCUGCAUCUACACCAAGAAAAGGGGACAGAGACCAGACUUUACAGAUGCCAUUAUUCUAAGGAAAGGAGCCUCUGUGGAACAUGUGUGCCAUCGGAUUCACAGAUCAUUAGCCAGCCAGUUCAAAUAUGCCUUGGUGUGGGGGACAAGCACAAAGUACAGCCCUCAGAGAGUGGGCUUAACCCAUAUGAUGGAGCAUGAAGAUGUCAUUCAGAUCGUAAAGAAGUAACUGCUGGUGCCUGGCCUUGCCUUUUAUCACUGCAAUGGGAACUGACCAUGUAGAAACAAAACAAAACACACCAAAAAAAAAAAAAAAAAAAAAGAAGAAAA